CCUGACUCAGAAACAGAGCAAAGAAAAUCUAUCUUAUUGCUACGAGUGCCUAUUUAUCUAAACUGCAUAUGAAAUAUUCAACUAGGACAUUGUUUAAAAACGCUCCACCAUUUUCAUUCUGUGUAUAGGUUGAGUUUCGACCCACCUGAAACGUUUUUCUGGCUCCGCCACUGGCUGCCCAGAUCAACCCCGACCGAAUGCCACACCUCCUGGACUCUCACACAAGACCUGAGAGCAUGAUCUGAUGACUCCACAGCUUCGCCACACAGUUUACAUGCCGUUGGUAACUCCACCCCAUGCCUGUGAAUAUUUUCCAACGAGUGUAAUGAUCCAUCUAGCACUUGCCACGCUAUAUAUUUAAAUUUAGGGGGAAUAUGCAUCUCCCACAAGGCCACCCCACCCGCCCAGCCCCUGUCAUCUUGCCAGCCCGCCACCUUCCGGUAACAACUCCUGACUGAAAAGUAGCCAUCUUUUUUCCCUAUCCACCAAUAACCAUCUUGUCUAUCUUGGAGACUAAUUGGUAUGCUUAGGAUUCGUUCAUUGUCUUCUUUAUCAAAAAUAGAUAAAAUUCUCUCUCUAUCCCAAUUCUUCCCUGAAUAAUCCCGCAGAGCUGCAACAUUCAUGUCAAGUAUCCAGCAAAGUCGCGGAGAAUGAAUUUUCCCAAUACCGCCCUGGUAGCCCCGCAUCAGCCCACACUUGUACCUACCUACCAUUGCCAACUCUCCAAAAUUGAUUGGGUCUCCACAAUACUUCUCCACAUCAAGGAUUAUUUCCCACCGAUGCUUUGUAGAAAGCAUAGUGUUGGGAAAAUAUCGAGCUUUCAUCACUCGUCCCAUUAAACUUCCUGUAUCUGUUAUCAUUUCCACCCUGUUUGGCCAACAUUUUUAAAAUCCCUAUAAAAUUACUCCGUAGUUUUUUUUUUGAUCGAAAAAUUACUCAGUAGUUAACAAAUGUCUUUUAUCACUGCAAGCUUUUUACAUCCCUGUGGAAAGUACUACGUAAUUAUUUUAGAUACCCCAAACUCUCUCUUAUGUUGAUUAUUAAUUGAAAUUGAAAUUACAGUAUUUAUCAAAAUCUCCUGAAUCAAGUGACUGCUGUGUAGAGAUGAUGGUCGUUGCAGCGACUAUAACGGUCCAUAUUUCUUCUUGUACGCACUUCUUGCCGAGUACAUCCCGCCGGCCACAUUUUCUGUCGACUUCUACUUCUGCUCCCGUUUUCAGUAACAGUAAUCAGUACUUCAUCUGCCGGAGGAAUUCGAUAUAUCUCCGAACAUGCUGCUGCUCGGAUUCACGGUCAUCUUCCACGCGUGGUUUUGGCACCAACGAAUCCAAGGUCAAGAAGAAUUCUUCUACCGGCAGAAAGGAUUCUAGAAAACUUCCCUCUCAACAAUCUAGCACCAACCUUACAAAAGCCCCUGUUCUAAAUACAAAGUCAACAAAUAGUGUUUGUGAUAUUCAAUUUGAGGAACGACUGCAAGCAAUUAAAAGGUCAACAUUGGAGCAGAAAAAAGCCGAGGAAGUAAAGCUGUUUGGAGCAAUUGAUUAUGAUACUCCAGUAGAGAUCAAAAGUAGCAGAGUUGGAUUAGGUACUAAGAUUGGAGUAGGAGUCGCAGUUGUGGUCUUUGGGUUGGUUUUUACCCUUGGCGACUUUCUUCCCACUGGAAGUGUUAGUCCCACAAAUGAAGUCACUGCAGCUGGUAAGAAAAUAUCAGAAGAAGAGAAAGCAAAUCUUCAGAAGAGGUUGAAGCAGUUUGAGGACACCCUUGCUACAUCCCCAGAAGAUCCAACAGCCCUUGAAGGAGCAGCUGUGACCUUAGCAGAGCUAGGAGAGUACAAUCGAGCCUCCUCUCUCCUCGAGAAUUUGACUAAGAAGAAGCUCAAUGAUCCUGAUGUUUUUCGGUUGCUCGGAGAGGUUAAGUAUGAACUUAGAGAUUAUGAGGGUAGCGCUGCUGCUUUUAAAAGAUCUGCAUUGGUGUCAAAGUCUACUGAUUUUGAUGUUCUUCGAGGCUUAACAAAUGCACUGAUUGCUGCCAAGAAACCUGAUCAGGCUGUCCAAAUGCUACUGACAUCACGUGAACGCCUGAGUGAAGAAAAAUCAUCUGGUGUUACUGGAUCUGACAUCGAUGACACCAAAUCUAGUCAACAAGUAGAUCCCAUUCAAGUUGACUUGCUUCUUGGGAAAGCCUACUCAGAUUGGGGGCAUGUCAGUGAUGCUUUAGCUGUUUAUGAUAAACUCAUCUCUAGCCACCCCAAUGAUUUUAGGGGCUACCUAGCAAAGGGUAUCAUUCUGAAAGAGAAUGGAAACGUUGGAGAUGCAGAGAGAAUGUUUAUCCAGGCACGAUUCUUUGCACCUGGGAAUGCAAAGACACUUGUCGAUAAAUAUUCAAGGUGAUAUUUGCACCACCUUUGAUCCAUGGAGAUUUGUUUUGGUGACGUCAUCCCCAAACGUUGACUAUAUGAUGCCUUCUCUUGUAAAAAUGUAGACGACAGAUCGCUCCUGAAACAUUUCUUGGAAUGUGAUCAAAUUGGACUUACUCACUUACAUAACCACACUGAUGUAUCCUUUUGUCAGAAAACAUCUCGUGUGGAUUCGAGACCAAAGUUAGGUUUUUCUUGUUCGCUGACAUUGGCGAGAAUGGUCAAGCUACCCUCGCCUUAUUACUUGUCAGCCAGUUUUAUUGACAAUUAAUGGUCGACCUUUUGACUCCACUUGUUGACCAGUUUUGACUUUUGAUGACUAGUGGCCUACCAUUGAUUGAAUAUCUAGUUGGUGGACGACUAGUUUUGUCACAAAAAAGUGGUGGUUUGUCAAGCAUGGUUUGAGCAUGUUUUUUCAAGUACAACUAUACUAGACUUGGGACGCGUUGUAGAAUAAGCUACUACUGCAUAUUAAUAUACUUAUAUCAAGUCCUCUAACCAACAAUGGGGACUGAGCUUUUUAGAACUCAACCUAUUAACUCGCCCACCAUUGUUGAUAUUUCAUUAGUGUUGUAGUGAAUUUGUGUUUUUGAACAAUUGUUUCUUCAUUCAACAUCCUGGAAGAUUUCACUCAUUUCAAGUACAUAUAAUGAUGGUGCCUGAAUGCUAGUUCCAGCAAUCCAAAUGCAGAAAAAUGAGAAUAUAUUCUGGUAUUCCCAGGCGAGCUCUUUUACUUGCGGUUGUACUCCCUAAAGAAUUCAUUUCAUGAGAGGGUGUAGGAUUACUAUCAUAGGUUUCUGGAGAGGUGUUCUCAUAACGUCUAGGUCUGGGAGAAUAAUCUUCUUUUUCCUUAAUGAACUCUACUUUCAGUAUUUAUUGUUGGUGCUGUAAUAUCUUCUUCCAACUCUAAUGUUGGUGCCUGUAAUAUGUUAUUCUGUUUAUGCAAGGUGCAACAAUACAACUGGAGUUGACUACCUUUAUCGGCCUCUUUAAUAGUUUAAUCAAUGCCCCUGUCCCGUUUAAAAAAUCAA